AUGUCGCUGUCUGGCCUCGAAUCCGCACCCGAAACCCGGCCUUGCUCCUCAUGCCACCACCCGCCAAGCUCAAAUAGCGGACCAACUGCAGCCAUUACAAACCUCGCGGCCCUGUUCCAAGGGGCAGAGUCGGGCUGUGUUUCUUGCUCGGUAUUGAGUGCCGGUAUCCAGAGUAUUGUUGGCUAUGAUGCCUCUCAUGAUAUCCAGCACUCGGAUUCUGUCGAGUGGCUCCGCAUGGACAUGAAUAUGGCCGCUUCAUGCCGGAGCCUUAGCCUGACCCUCUUCAAGCGGCAGCUGGAGAUCGCCGUUUUUGCUCCGCCACCGCACAAAACCCCUGAAUUUGAGCGCAUCUUCCCGAACGUACCUGUUGGAGUAACGGAUCUCCCAAAAACAACAGACUCCGAUGCUAGCUUUGAAUGGGCGGCAGAGAAACUCAGGCACUGUGACGACAGCCAUGGAUGCCACAUGAUGAAGUCCGACUCAACAGGGCCACUGCCGCGGCGAAUUCUUGAUAUUGGCUCUACUGACAAUGACCACAUCCGAUUAAGAGAAUUCGACGUCAAUGAUGGCGAGAAUCCGAAAUACGCAUGUCUGACCCACUGCUGGGGCACGUCACGACCCUCGAGCACAAUAAUCGCCAAUCUCGAAUUACACAAACAGGGAAUCCCUUGGAGUGUACUGCCUCGUCUCUUCCAAGACACAAUUACUGUCGCGAGGAGAUUGGGCAUCUCUCUAUUGUGGAUCGAUAGCCUUUGCAUCGUUCAGGAUAAUAAGGACGACUGGAGAAGGGAGGCAGCGAAGAUGAGCUCAGUCUACCAAAACGCAUACAUCGUCAUAUCCGCAUCGAAAGCCUCUGGCUCCGAAGAGAGUCUCUUCGGCGGCAUCGAUUACAAGCUGAAGCCAAGCAUAAUACCCGUUCCAUCUUUGGGUCAAGGGGCUGCCCUAUGCUUUCGCAGAGCGUUGACACAUUCCCCAGGAUACAUGGACCAGAGGCUUGUCAAGUCUUCCACACUGCCGACCUUCACUCGUGGGUGGAUCUUUCAGGAGCGCCUGUUGCCAUCAAGAAUACUUCACUUUGGGCCACAGGAACUUUCGUGGGAGUGUCUCCAAGCAGCUACCUGCCAGUGUACACUUCCAACCGCUGCUAAUUCUGGUGGUGGAAGUGCGGACGUGUACACAGCGUCCGCACAGCGAAUCUUGGAGUCAAAGGCUAUUUUUAAUCACGGUCACUGGCAGAAAUUGGAGGAGGCCCGACUGAUCAGGAUCUGGCACAUGCUGGUGGAAGAAUAUACAAAACUUGACCUGACUUUCGAGAGUGACAUCUUUCCAGCAAUAUCAGGCAUAGCGAAACUUUUCCAACACUCUUCAAAGUGCGAAUACGUUGCGGGAAUGUGGACGGAUUAUCUGCUAUAUGACUUGGCGUGGCAUAAAGAGACCAUGUCUGAUGACUCGACAAAGGGCAUUGAAUGGCAUCAACGCCCGCAGGUAUGGAGAGCUCCGACGUGGUCGUGGGCAGCAGCACUGGGUCCGGUAAAGUUUCUCGAUAUGGGAACCGGUCUCAGUGCCCUGUGCAAAGUCGAGGAGGUUAAAUGCUUUCCGUAUCAGACGGAUCCAACCGGUGAGCUCAGCGGCGGGUAUCUCUUGCUACGGGGCCACCUGGUACCGACCUCGAUCAAGUACAAACCACCUAUGAGCCAAGAAAUGAGGAAGCAUUUUGGGCUAUUAGAACUUGACAUGAUGCAAGGGCAAGUGGGUAAUAUAUGGGUAGACUACGACUCGUCAUUGCUAGGAACAGAUCACGUCCCUGCUGGAACUGUUGCUCAAUGCUUCAUGCUUGCGUCGAGACUUGACGCCGGUUCGUUGAUACUGCUUCUACUGAAAGAGAGCGGGUAUGAUACAACAAACUGCUGCACUGUUUGGCAACGGUUAGGACUUGUCCAGCUGUCAAGGCCCCCCAAUGUAAUUUGCGAUGCGAAGGAGUAUUGGUUCAACGUCUUCAAGGGACGGGUGAGCGAUAUGAUAUUGGUGAAGAUUAUAUGA